GCGGGGCCUGGCUGGAGGGUGGUGGCCCGGCGGGGGCGGGGGCGGGGCCGGCCUCUGGCUCCUUUUUCCUCCGCAUGUGGCUGGCGGCCGCAGAGCAGUUCAGUUCGCGCACUACUCGCCGCCCGCGUCUCUUUCGGGCUCUCCUCGCGUCACUGGAGCCAUGGCGUUCGCCGAGACCAACCCGGCGGCAUCCUCCCUGCCCAACGGCGACUGUGGCCGCCCCGGGGCGCGGCCCGGAGGGAACCGGGUGACGGUGGUGCUGGGCGCGCAGUGGGGCGACGAAGGCAAAGGGAAGGUGGUGGAUCUGCUGGCGCAGGACGCCGACAUCGUGUGCCGCUGCCAGGGAGGAAAUAAUGCUGGCCAUACAGUUGUUGUAGAUUCUGUGGAAUAUGAUUUUCAUCUUUUACCCAGUGGAAUAAUUAAUCCAAAUGUUACUGCAUUCAUUGGAAAUGGUGUGGUAAUUCAUCUUCCCGGAUUAUUUGAGGAAGCAGAGAAAAAUGUCCAAAAAGGAAAAGGUCUGGAAGGCUGGGAAAAAAGGCUUAUCAUAUCUGACAGAGCUCAUAUUGUGUUCGACUUUCAUCAAGCAGCUGAUGGUAUCCAGGAGCAGCAGAGACAAGAACAAGCAGGAAAAAAUUUGGGUACCACAAAAAAGGGCAUUGGCCCAGUUUAUUCUUCCAAAGCUGCUCGGAGUGGACUGCGGAUGUGUGAUCUGGUUUCUGACUUUGAUGGCUUCUCUGAGAGGUUCAAAGUUCUGGCUAACCAAUACAAAUCUAUAUACCCCACUCUGGAAAUCGACAUUGAAGGCGAAUUACAAAAACUCAAGGGUUAUAUGGAAAGGAUUAAACCAAUGGUGAGAGAUGGAGUUUACUUCCUCUACGAGGCCCUGCAUGGACCACCAAAGAAAAUCUUGGUAGAAGGUGCAAAUGCAGCACUACUAGAUAUUGAUUUUGGAACUUACCCUUUUGUGACCUCUUCGAACUGUACAGUUGGAGGUGUCUGUACCGGGUUGGGAAUGCCCCCUCAAAAUGUUGGAGAAGUGUAUGGGGUCGUGAAAGCUUACACAACUAGAGUUGGCAUUGGUGCCUUCCCAACAGAGCAAGACAAUGAAAUUGGAGAAUUAUUACAAAAAAGAGGUCGAGAGUUUGGGGUAACCACUGGAAGGAAAAGAAGGUGUGGCUGGCUGGACCUGGUUUUGCUCAAAUAUGCUCAUAUGAUUAAUGGAUUUACUGCGUUGGCACUUACCAAAUUGGAUAUUUUGGACAUGUUUACGGAAAUCAAAGUUGGAGUUGCUUACAAGUUAGAUGGUGAAAUCAUACCUCAUUUCCCAGCAAACCAAGAAGUCUUAAAUAAAGUUGAAGUUCAGUAUAAGAUGCUCCCAGGUUGGAACACAGAUAUAUCAAAUGCAAGGACAUUUAAAGAACUACCUGUUAAUGCACAAAAUUAUGUUCGAUUUAUUGAAGAUGAGCUUCAGAUUCCAAUUAAAUGGAUCGGUGUAGGUAAAUCCAGAGAGUCUAUGAUUCAACUCUUCUAA